AUGCACAAACAGGCACGGUUACUCCCGAAGUCUUGGACGUCGACACUCAAACUUCCCAAGUCGACGUUUCCCCCUCGAGGGUCGCCGGCCGACCAGACGAAAUACCUGAAGCGAUGCACCGAUGAACUGUACGCCUGGCAGCGCCGCGAACGACCUGCUAACAAGCCCUUCGUCCUGCACGAUGGUCCCCCUUACGCAAACGGCGAAUUGCAUAUCGGGCACGCGCUAAACAAAAUCUUGAAAGAUAUCAUCAACCGCGUACAACUGGGUCGGGGUAAACAGGUGCGGUAUGUCCCUGGGUGGGACUGCCAUGGCUUGCCAAUUGAGCUCAAGGCGCUCCAGGGCCUGCGUGAUAUAGGGGUGGGUGAUGGAUCGGUCAGUCCGGCGGUCAUUCGCAAGUCUGCGCGACAGCUGGCAAGGCAGACUGUCAAGGAGCAGAUGAAAGGGUUCCGUGGGUUUGGAGUCAUGGCCGACUGGGAGAACCACUGGAAGACAAUGGACAAAAAGUUUGAGAUGCGCCAGCUGGGGAUCUUCCGUGAGAUGGUUGACCACGGUCUCAUCUAUCGCAAGUUCAAGCCGGUCUACUGGUCGCCUUCAACCGGUACGGCACUUGCGGAGGCUGAGCUGGAAUACAAGGAUGACCACAUUUCCACCGCGGCUCUUGUCAAGUUUCCUCUCGUGAACAUCCCUUCACACCUGUCUCAAGACCCGCUGCUUCAGUCAAAUGGAGUAAGUGCGGUUAUAUGGACUACGACACCCUGGACCCUACCUGCCAAUGCCGCUAUUGCCGUUAGUGAGGAAUUGGAGUAUGCCAUCGUGCAGUCUGAGACACAUGGCAACUUGCUGGUGGCCCAGUCCCGGUUCGAAUAUCUCGAGAGCAUGCUGAAAGAGGAGCUGUCUGUCAUUGUGCCGUCAAUUCUAGGCUCUGAACUGGCAGAGAAAACCACCUACCGGCCCAUUCUCAAGGGCAUUGAUGCCGACCCUCAGCCGAUUAUUGCCGCGCACUUUGUCACGGCGGAUUCGGGGUCGGGAUUGGUUCACUGUGCUCCCGGUCACGGUAUGGACGACUACGAAGCCUGUCUGGCUCGCGGCAUCCCGGUCUUUGCGCCGGUCGACGACGAGGGCAGGUUCACCGAGAAGGCCAUGCCGCACGAUUCUACACGCUUGGCUGGAAAGCCCGUGCUAGGAGAAGGCAAUGACCUUGUCCUGGAUUAUAUAAAGUCCCACGGCUAUCUCCUCGCCCAGCACAAAUACGAGCACAAGUACCCCUAUGAUUGGCGUUCCAAGCAACCGAUCAUUAUUCGUGCUACCGAACAAUGGUUCGCAGAUGUGGCAGAUAUUCGCAGCAGCGCGCUCAAGGCGCUGGAGGAUGUUCGGUUUGUUCCGGAUACUGGCAAGCACCGACUGGACAACUUCAUCAAGAAUCGCAGCGAGUGGUGCAUCUCGCGUCAGCGCGCAUGGGGCGUCCCAAUUCCUGCUAUCUACCACAGGACCACCGGCGAGGCUGUCUUGACCAAGGAAAGUGUUUCGCAUAUUAUGCAGACUAUCGAAGAGCGUGGCGUUGACGCCUGGUGGACUGACAGCGCUGAUGAGGCUGCCUGGGUACUCCCAUCUUUGCGGAAUGAUCCUGUGGGUUAUCGACGUGGCGCUGACACGAUGGAUGUUUGGUUCGACAGCGGUACCAGUUGGGCGGAAAUUGAUAUCCCCAUUGAGGGGCGCAGCCAUCUUGCGGACGUAUAUCUGGAAGGAUCCGACCAACAUCGAGGCUGGUUCCAGUCCGGUCUUCUAACAUACAUUGCUCAUCAGUUCUCUUCGGGCCAAACUGAGCCCUCUCGUGCUCCCUUCCGCAAUCUCAUCACCCACGGUUUUACCCUGGAUGAACAUGGGCGCAAGAUGAGUAAGUCUAUUGGCAAUACCAUUUCUCCCCAGACCAUCAUGGAUGGAACCCUGCUGCCUCCUCUGAAGCCCCGCAAAGGUAAGGGGAAGAAACAGUCUGAGAACCAGGAACCAACCUAUGACGCGCUGGGUCCCGAUGCCCUUCGCAUGUGGGCUGCGAGCAGCGACUACACGCGCGACGUGGUGAUCGGAAAGCAGGUGCUUCAGACCGUGAACACCAGCCUCCACAAGUUCCGAGUCACCUUCAAGCUGUUACUGGGUGCACUGGGUGAUUUCCGCCCCGAUUGUGUCGUGCCGUACGAGCAGCUACAACAGGUGGAUCGGAUCGCGCUGAAGCACCUCUCGGACAUGGUUCUUACCACGCGGACGGCCUGUGACAACUUCGAGUUCUACAAGGCUGUCGCCACAAUGAACCGCUGGGCCAAUCUUGAGUUCUCAGCCUUCUACAUGGAGGCAAUCAAGGACCGACUGUACACACUGGGCGAGAACAGCGCAAGCCGUCGUGCUGCCCAGACCACCCUGUUCUACAUCUUUCAGCACCUCCAGGAAGUCCUGGGCCCCAUCACCCCGCUCCUUGUUGAGGAGACCUGGGACCAUACCCCAGAGGCGAUCCGGUCCCUGAGCGAGCACCCUUUGCGGCGUAUCGCCGCCAGCCCCGCGUCCGAGUGGCAGGAUGCCGCGCUGGAUACCAGCUACCAGGACAUUGUGGCUGUCCACUCGGUCAUCAAGAACUUGCAGGAGCAGGCUCGCGGGAAGAAGGUCCUCGGCUCGUCGCUGCAAUCGUUUGUGCAUCUCGUUCUCCCCAGCGACAUGAGCAACACAGUUUUCCACCAGUACCUCUCCGAGCUGCCGGACCUGUUCGUCGUGUCGGCUGUCACGCUGGCUGACCCCCGUGAGGCUGUUCCGGUCGAGAUCGCCGAGGCUGAAUGGCAGUAUGAGGAAGAAUGCGCGCUGCCUGACGGACGGAAGGGCCGAGUGUACGUCUACGCUCCACAAGCGUCCAAGUGCGCCCGCUGCUGGCGGUACGCCGUUCCGGAGCCAGUGGCGAUGGAUGGCAUCUGUGAUCGGUGCGAUUCGGUGGUGCGCGAGCUGGAGGCGGCUGCAGCUCCUGCUGUCUAG